AUGGCCGACAAGAUGGACAUGUCCCUGGACGACAUCAUUAAGCUCAACCGGAGCCAGCGUGGGGCCAGCCGGGGCGGCCGGGGUGGCCGGGGCCGGGGCGGCACCGCACGCGGGGGCGGGCCCGGCCGGGGCGGCGUUGGCGGCGGGCGCGCGGGCGGCGGCCCCGUGCGGAACCGGCCGGUGAUGGCCCGGGGCGGCGGCAGGAACCGGCCCGCGCCCUACAGCCGGCCCAAGCAACUCCCCGAGAAAUGGCAGCACGACCUGUUCGACAGCGGCUUCGGGGCGGGGGCCGGCGUGGAGACCGGCGGAAAGCUGCUCGUCUCCAACCUGGACUUCGGCGUUUCGGAUGCGGACAUCCAGGAGCUCUUUGCGGAGUUCGGGACCUUGAAGAAGGCAGCUGUGCACUAUGACAGAUCCGGCCGCAGCCUCGGAACGGCAGACGUGCAUUUCGAGAGGAAGGCUGACGCGCUGAAGGCCAUGAAGCAGUACAACGGGGUGCCCCUGGACGGGCGCCCCAUGAACAUCCAGCUGGUCACGUCACAGAUCGACACGCAGCGGAGACCAGCACAGAGUGUAAACAGAGGAGGCAUGACCAGGAACCGCGGGGUCUCGGGGGGAUUUGGAGGUGGAGGCAACAGGCGAGGGACUCGUGGCGGGAACAGAGGGAGAGGCAGAGGAGCUGGAAGAACUUCCAAACAGCAGCUCUCUGCAGAAGAACUAGAUGCACAGCUGGAUGCUUACAAUGCCAGGAUGGACACCAGCUAAAGUGGCAGCGGUGGCGCAGGGAAGGACUCCAAUCUUGCUCCACACUCCCGGCAGGGGCUGCGGCUGUGGCUACUACUACCGAGGAUGGGAUUUGUUUUACUUUUACGUUCUGGGAUAGGUUUUAACUCCUGUAAAGGUUUUUUUUAAUUCUCAGCAGACCUGUUUUGUACCGAGUUAUUUUUGGGAUAAAUUUUUCUGGUUGCCUGUUGGGCCAAGGUGGCUUUUUCACCUUUGCCGUAAUAAAAUAGAACCAUGUCUAGA